AUGCAUUUCACCUUUACACUUCUACUAUGCCUUUUAGUUUCUGGGGGAAGCGCCCAGAACCACGUUGAUUCGAAAAACACAGCCUCCACGACGGGCAACGAGUAUUACUAUGAUUAUAAAAUGAUACCUUUGACUGCCAAUUUCACCAUCUUGGAUGAUUUUGACCAUAGUGUUCUCGCUAUUGGUGCCGGUCCAACUGGUGAAGUUGUUGAGGUCAAGCCUAAUAAUAGCCACGACUGGUUCAUUGAGCAACUUACGAAAUAUACGCACAUUGUACGCGAUAAGAACAGCUCCAAAUUUAUACGUUUCCCGGAAUUGAAGGACGGCGCAGUCGCUACACUUAGUGAAACCGCCGCAACGCUGUUUGAGGCCACGAUAGGCCCCAAUGUCGUGUACAAGUUCAAAGCAACCGAUGCAAAACCUGAGGAUGGUCCUCUUAUGUGGACAAUGGAAGCAUACAGCGCAAUGGACCAACGCCUAGUUCUUAAGCUACGCAAACCGUCAGGAAUGGCGCGACAGGAUUUCGUUGUGAAGAAGACCCCAAUACAGGGUAACUAG